AUGAUCGCUCGCAUCCCUGGUGUCCCCAGGCCUAUGGAAAAAGCUACUCCUAACAGUUAUGCUGAUUCUCCUUUUGCAGAUCCCAUCGCGUUGAUCGAGGUGCCCAAGAGGUUCUCUGUCCCAUCCAUGAAGCUGUACGACGGCACCACAGAUCCCAACGACCAUGUCGCUCAGUACAAGCAAAGAAUGAUUACCAUCUCAAUCCCGAAGAAUAUGCGGGAAGCAUGCAUGUGCAAGGGAUUUGGCUCUACGCUGACUGGGCCAGCUUUGCAGUGGUUCAUUAAUCUCAAUAACGGGACUAUCUCUUCCUUUGCUCAAUUGGUUAAUGCUUUUAAUAUGCAAUUUGCUAGUAGUCGCAAAAUGGAAAAACAAGCUAGCGACUUACAUAGGAUUGUGCAAAAAUCUGACGAGUCUCUUAAAGAAUUUGUAAACAGGUUUAACAGGGAAAAGGUUCCCAUCCCGAAUUGCGAUGCUAGGACGGCCAUCGAGGCGUUCAGACGUGGCUUGGACGAGGAAUCAGACCUCGAUAAGGAGCUGACCAAAUAUCCAUGUCCGACGUUCGAAGAUGCUCAAGCCAAAGCGUUGGCCCAAAUUAGGCUGGAGGAAGACAUGCAGUCCAGAAAGGCUUAUGCCAAUGCUGACAGCCGGAAGGCAACGUCCAACAAGCAAGCGUCCUGGCGUCAAAAGCCUUAUGAGCCCCGCAGCAGGAAUGAAAAAUCGACGGCCCAUCGCGACAAAUCCAAAUGGUGCGAGUUCCAUGGAGACCAUAGGCAUCACACUGACGAAUGUGUCGCUCUGAGGCGAGAAGUGUCCCACCUGCUGAAGCAAGGGUACCUAAAGGACUUGCUGACGGAGAAACGUAAGCAGACGGUGUCAAAAAAUGACGACCGACGUCAACCGCGUCGUCCCGCCGCACGUCAAGUUCAGCAACAUCCUGAUGAGAGGCGUCUAGAGGACAUGGGGAUCGAUGAACGUGACGUCAUCCGCAAAUCUACCGUCCUUGUGGAUUCAGCGGAGAAUCCAAGCACACCAUGGGAGAAGUGA